CUUGUCGGGCUGUUACUUCAACGAGCCUGGUAAAAUUUAGGUUGUAUGUAAAUCUACUAGUUAUUGCGUUCAGACAUUUGGACUCGCAGGUAGUGCAGGAUUUGAAGGGCUUAUCAGCUAGAUGGUCUUACCAUCGAGCGCCCAGCACCGACAACCCGUACCUCUUCUUUCCGUCCAUCUCGUCGCGCUCGACUCAACAGCAACCUCUCGCGAUGUUUCUGAAUCGUGCUCGGGGAUAUCUGACCCACCCAACCUAUCUGCAAGAGGGAACCUGACAUUGCCUAACAGAUUCACUCCUACGUUCCCACAUACCCCGGUUUCCCCCAACUCAGGCCCUUGUAUUUCAACCCCCAACUCGCAAUCUUCCACGUCGCGUGUCCAGUUGCCGCGGUUGGACAUGGAAUAUCUCCAGAGCACGCUUGGUCGCCCUCCUAUCACCCCCGAUUCCCCUCUACGCCCCUCUGACUUCCAGAAGAGUACCGCACAUGGUCAAGAUCAGAUGGUGCAUGGACAACCGUCCCCAAGCACUCCUCUUUACUUCUCUCCAGGUCGUGCAGAUCUGCCAAGUUUCUCUCGGGACCAGUCAGACACUAGCACUAUUCCUCACUAUAUUUCGAAUGGCACAGUUCUUUUCGAAGGGGAUGAAAAUCGCAAGCGCGGAUUUACUAGUGAUCUCUCUGGUAUGCUUCCUACGCCCAUAUCUCCACAUACCAACGGAAGUCCAGUGACACCUGUCCAAGCGAUCGACUUGACAGAGUGGAUUAGUCGGAGUUACGGCCUUGAUCCCAUAGCUGGGGGCGCUUUUGGUAAUGUCUGGAAAUGUACCUACGAUGAUGGUACCCGGUGCAUUGCGGUUGCUGUGAAGGGUUUCAGAUUCAAAGUUAACAAACAGACCUCGAAGGUACGUCAAAGCAUUGAUGAUCUGCACCGCUCUGUAAUUACGUGUUGCAGAGACUGAGGAGAGAGAUGGGCAUCUGGAGAAGACUCAGUCAUCCGAAUGUUAUGGAAUUCAUGGGCGUUGCUUUUGGCUUUGGUCUUUCGAUGGCCCUCGUUGCUCCUUGGGCUGCGAAUGGGACGU